AUGGCGGUUUCAAUAUCUCGAGUCUUAUUUGAACAUCAUUAUCCAACGGCGCAAGGCAUCGGUGAAAGCGAGCCCCGAGUUUCGUGGAGGUUUGCCGGCAACUCCCCUUCCUGGGAGCAGAAGGCAUACGAUCUUGAGAUUACUCGGGAUUCAGAUGGAGUUCCCCGACUGUACAAUGUCAAUUCGUCGGACUCGGUAUACGUGCCAUGGCCAGAUGAGCCUCUUGGCACCGCCGAGCUUGCAUCAGUUCGGGUUCGUGCCUAUGGCGGGAGUGAUGAUUCUUCCUCUCCCACCGAAUGGUCAGAAGUGGUAACGGUAGAAACUGGUCUCCUCGAUGGGGACUGGGGAGGAGCCGUUUCUAUCGCAGCAGAGUACACUCAACCAAGCGAUGCACCUUUGAGGCCCCUUUACUUCAGGAAAUCCUUCCAACUUGAGUCAGAGGUUAAGUCUGCACGACUUUACAUCACUGCGCAUGGCUUGUACAAAGCCGAGAUCAACGGUGCGGCCGUUGGUGACAUAGUUCUUGCCCCUGGCAUACAGUCAUAUUGGAAUCGACUUGUCUAUGACACUUACGAUGUGACGGAUAAGCUCAAGUCGGGGGAAAAUGUCAUCGGUGCCCUCGUUGGGGAAGGGUGGUACAGUGGCCGGUAUGGGUUCUCAGCAACUCGACACCAUUGGGGUGACCAGCAGGGCUUGCUAUCUCUCUUGGUUAUUCAACUCAAAGAUGGCAGCGAGGUCAAGAUACCCAGUGACACUAGCUGGGAAGCAAUAGAGGGCCCAGUCAUCACUUCGGAAAUUUAUGAUGGAGAAGUUUAUGAUGCACGAUUGGAAAAGGGCAUUGCCGGCUGGUCAUCUCCAGGGUUCGAAACGAAUCAGACAUUCCCUACUUACAAAUUCGAACCAAGGCAUGGGAAGCUUACCCCUCUAGACAGUUCCCCCCUACAUCGCAUCCAGGAGGUGAAGCCUGUCAGUGUUUUCAAGUCUCCAGCAGGAAAGACUCUGGUUGACUUUGGCCAAAAUCUAGUCGGUUGGCUAAGACUCAAGGUCCAGGGCCCGGCUGGCUCUUUGAUCACCAUAAGACAUGCUGAGGUCUUGGAUGAAGGGGAGAUUGGUAUCCGACCACUUCGAACCGCUUUGGCGCGACUCAACAUCACCCUGGGUGAGGAUGAGCUGGAUUUCGAGCCUUCAUUCACCUACUUUGGCUUCCGGUAUAUCCAGGUCGAGGGCUGGCCCGAGGGCUACCCGCUCGACGAAACAAGUGUCAAAGCCAUAGUGAUCCAUAGUGACAUGGAAAGAACCGGGUGGCUGGAAACAUCCCACGAGAUGCUCAAUCAAUUCCACCAGAACACAGUCUGGUCGAUGAAGGGAAAUUUCUUCUCCAUUCCUACUGAUUGCCCCCAGCGCGAUGAACGACUUGGCUGGACGGGAGACGCAACUGUAUUUGCGCCCGCUGCCAAUUUCCUUCAUGACACUGCGGGUUUUUGGAGGGGUUGGCACCGAGAUGUAUGGUCUGAGAUGCAAAAUCUAGGACCUGAAGACCGCGAUAUAGCUGCAUUCUUCAUCCCUUACCUCCCGCCAACCGAGGCACCCACGGCGGCUGCCGUAUGGGGUGACGUCGCUGUGUCGGGCCCCUUUGAGUUGUGGCAAACUACAGGAGAUCCCGUCAUCCUGGAAGAGCAGUUUGCUCAGUCCCAGGCUUGGCUAAGCACUGGCAUUCCCCGAAAUGACCGUGGCUUGUGGGCUCUUGAUUCAUUUGGAUUCGGGGACUGGCUUGACCCAACGGCACCGCCGGAGAGCCCAGGGCAAGCGCUAACUCAUAAUAUUCUCGUGGCUGAUUCUUAUCUCAUAAGAAUGACUGAAAUGGUAGCCAAUAUGAGUCAAGCCCUUGGGAAAGAUGAUCUGGCCCAGCAAUACCGCGAAGAGAGACAGAAGUUGAUCGAGGAGUAUCAGAAGUUCUGGAUGAAUGACGCUGGUGAGCUAGCCAACAGAAGCCAGACUGCAUAUUCCUUGGCUCUCAACUUCGAAAUAUACACGGACGAGGAGAAGAAAUCGGCUGCCAGUCAAACUCUACGAGAUAUUAUCGAGGAGAACAACUACCUUGUUGGAACCGGAUUUGCGGGAACUCCUGCUCUCGGGUUUGCGCUACGCAAGAUUGGGGCUGUAGAAGACAUGUACGCCAUGCUUCUGCAAACUGAAGUUCCGUCGUGGCUCUACCAGGUCAAGAUGGGCGCCACUACCACUUGGGAGCGAUGGGACAGCAUGCUUGCAGAUGGGACAAUCAACCCAGGCGAGAUGACGAGUUUCAAUCACUACGCAUUCGGCGGCGUUGCAAACUGGAUGCACCAGGUCAUUGGCGGUCUUGCCCCUCAAGAACCUGGGUGGAAAAAGAUAUUAGUCGCCCCAGUCCCCGGAGGAGGACUUACCAAAGCCAACUGUACUUAUCUGAGUCCUUAUGGGCUGAUCAACAGCCAGUGGCGGAUUGAAGAUGGCUUCCAUUUGAACGUUGAAGUCCCCCCUAAUUCAAAGGCACACGUUGUCCUCCCGAAUGGGGACGAAUUCGACGUGCUCUCUGGAUCUCAUGAGUUUCAUGAUCCUGAUUAUAAAACAACAUGA